AAGGUAACUCACAAAAUCGACGAGGAUAAGUGUCGAAAGUCCGAAACUGGCGACACCAUUCACCAACAGUACGUGCUUCACCUCGAGGAUGGCACUUUCGUCGAUUCGUCCUUCUCUCGCAAUGCUCCGUUCAUUUUCCGGCUCAACAAAGGGGAAGUCAUCAAGGGAAUGGAUAUUGCAAUGACCGGCAUGUGUGAGGGCGAAAGACGUCUCGUGAUCAUCCCAUCCGAAUACGGAUACGGUGAUGAUGGACGACCACCACAGAUUCCCGGCAAGGCCACUCUCUACUUUGAUAUCACCCUCGAGAAGCUAAUCAAGAAGGAUGAGUUAUGA